GUCAAGCGCAUCGUGCAUAUUCCAUCUCCAAUGCCAUCAAGGCCAUCGAUGACCCCCCUUGUACAUACAUACAGUACGAUGCGGAUCGAGCGACGUCGUCAGAUCCCUGCAACGACCCCAAUUUCGCCCGGGGAAGCUCCCCCGGCGGUUCCCAGCAAUGUUCCAAGCAGCAGUCUAUCGAUGCCUUUUGAUUCGCCAUGACCCGCUUCAGUGGGCCGUCACAGCUGCUUCGAGCGCGGAGAGCUCUUAAUAAAGGGCCCAGCGGUUGCACCCGCCGUCCUGGUUCUGUGGAGAGAUAGUUUCGGCUAAUUACCCGCAACGCCGUCGCUGCCCCGCCAUGAGCCCCAUCGACGGAGGGGAAGACGGGAGGGGAGGGGAGCGCGCCGAUAACGACCUGCUCCGCACUCGGUCUUAAGAGCACAAGCGCCGACAGGUUGACAAAAUAUCCGCAGACGCGAACAGCGGUCUCGCUCGUAAAUAAAUAGGUUCGCCUCGCUCCUCUCUGUGUCGAGCCCGGUUCUGCUCGCUGUAAUCAACGGGUCGAGUCCUCCGCACCUUAAAACAACAGCCAUGGCGUCGUCAACUGCGUACACGGUGAGGUGGGGUAUCAUGGCCACGGGUUGGAUUGCUGAGGUCUUCACCAAGGACCUCCUCACCAACCCGGCCGUCCGCGGCGUGCAAGACGUCCGCCACGAGGUCGUGGCCGCCGCCUCGUCCAGCUCCAAGGACAGGGCAGCCGAUUUCCUCGGCAAGGUCAAGGCCCCGAGCUCCGCCAAGGCCUACGGCUCGUACCACGAACUGGUGGCCGAUCCCGAUGUCGACAUUGUUUACGUGGCCACCCCGCACAGCCACCACUUCCAGAACGCCAUGCUCGCCCUCGAGGCCGGCAAGAACGUGCUCUGCGAGAAGGCCCUGACGGUGACGGCCUCGCAGGCGCGCAAGCUUGUAGAGACGGCCCGUUCCAAGGGUGUCUUCUUCAUGGAAGCUGUGUGGACCCGCUACUUCCCUCUCAGCAUCCAGGUGAGGAACCUGAUCUCGUCGGGGGCCAUCGGCACCGUCUACCGCACCAUUGCCGACCUGUCGCUCGGCAGGGACUCGGGCGACGGCAAGGUCGACUUCGCCGACUCGCACCGCAUGGUCAACCCCGACCUGGCGGGCGGCGCCCUGCUGGACCUCGGCAUCUACGCCCUGACGUGGGUGUUCCAGACGCUCUACCACGUCCAGCCAGAGGAGCAGAAGGAGAAGCCCAAGGUGGUGGCGGCCGUCAACAAGUACCACACAGGGGCGGACGAGACGACCAGCAUCAUCGUGCAGUUCCCGCAGCACAAGAGCCACGGGAUCGCGCUCACGUCGCUCCGGGUGGCCAGCGACCCGGACGGCAAGAACAGCGGCGGCGCGGCCAUCCGCAUCCAGGGCUCGACGGGCGAGAUCCAGGUCAUGGGCCCCGCCUACUGCCCGCUGCAGUACCGCGUCAUCAAGAAGGGCGGCGACGGCGGCGAGGUGCAGGUGGUCGACUGCCCGAUCCCCAAGGACGCCGAGCGCGACGGCUGGGGCCAGGGCAUGUUCUGGGAGGCCGACGAGUGCGCGCGCUGCCUGCGCGACGGCCGCAAGGAGAGCGCGACGCUGCCGUGGAGCGAGAGCAUCGCCAUCAUGGAGGUCAUGGAGGAGGCGCUGCGCCAGGGCGACGUUGUCUACCCGGACGUCAUCUCGACCGACGUGUACGACCCCCAGAGCCCGCUGAACACGGGAAAGCGGUAAAGGAUCCUGUCAGGCUCGGGCGGGUGAAUUAUGACGAGCUGGGGAGGGUAAGAAGAUUAUGUCGGGGGGGUUCGUCGACGGGACAGAGUGGUGUUUUACCGGCAGUGCUGUUGUUGUUCAUGCACAUAAGGCAUAUAUGUACAUAGGUAUGUAUGUACAUACAUACAUAAUACUUAGGGGAGCCCGAGUACGGAUACUUUCCACUUCAACUCGCCCGGGCCCUGCUGGACUCGGGGGAUUUGUUGGAGCUAGAGAGGAUAGUUAGCCCCCUUGUUGGCCUGUGAUAGUGUACG